GGCGGAGCCGGCAGCGGGGCCCGGCGCGGCGCUGAGGCCUCCACGUGUGUCCGUGAGCCUGCCGCGGCCGCAGGGUGCUGCAGCAACAUGGGGCGGAAGCUGGACCCCACCAAGAAGCAGAAGCGUGGCCCUGGGCGCAAGGCCCGAAAGCAGCGGGGGGCCGAGGUGGAAUUAGCUCGUUUCCUGCCACCAGAGCCAGAGACCGGCAAGAAGAAACUCUCCAGCCACGGGCGGAAAAGGGCUGCGAAGAGGCGACUGGGAGCGGGCAGUGCCGCGGCGGGAAGGAGGCCGCUUGGAGGAGCUGAAGAACAGGCAUCUUCUAAGAAGGAGAAAGGUGCUGUAAAGGCAGCACCACAAACCCCUCGUGGCCAGUCUGGCUUUACUGAUGGCAACUCAAAAUUGUUGGCUCCAGCCAAAGCCAAGAAAACCCCAUCUAAAGGAAGCAACUUGGAGUUAUCCAGUGAUGGUGAGGUGGAAGAGUGCAGCUGGGAGAUGGAGGAGGAUGAGGAUGGGAGCAGUGAGGCAAUGGUGGAUGAUUAUGGUGCCUCAUCAUCAGAGGAAGAAGAGUUGCUGCCUAUUGAAAAAGCUGCCCUGAAGCAGAAGUCUGAGAGGGGAGGCCUCAGUGAGGAAGACAGUGAAGAAGAAGAGGAAGAGGAAAUGGCAGAGAAGAAGAGCAAGCAGAAAAAAGGACAGAAGGAGGAAGAGAGCCUGGAUCUGCAGCUCAACCUGGAUCCAGAUGAAGAAUUUAAGCUACCAAGUGAUGAACAAAUGGAGAAGGAGACUGCUGAGCCUCCUGACCUGCACAUCAUUCACCAGCGCAUCAAGGGCAACCUGGAGGUGCUGCAGGACUUCACGGUGAAGCGGGAGGAGGGCCGCUCGCGGCAGGAGUACCUCGCCGUGCUGCGCCGGGACAUGGCUGCCUACUAUUCCUACAGCGACUUCUUGCUGACGAAGCUCAUGGAUAUCUUCCCGCUCCCUGAGCUGGUAAACUUCCUGGAAGCCAACGAAGUUCCUCGCCCUGUGACCAUCCGCACCAACACGCUCAAAACCCGGCGACGGGACCUGGCACAGGCUCUAAUCAACCGUGGUGUGAACCUCGAUCCCCUGGGGAAGUGGUCAAAAACAGGACUUGUUAUUUAUGACUCCUCUGUGCCCAUCGGUGCCACCCCCGAAUAUCUGGCUGGCCACUACAUGCUGCAAGGAGCCUCCAGUCUCCUCCCUGUCAUGGCUUUGGCUCCACAGGAGGAUGAACGCAUCCUAGACAUGUGCUGUGCCCCAGGAGGCAAGACCAGUUACAUAGCUCAGCUGAUGAAGAACACAGGCAUGAUCUUGGCCAACGACAGCAACGCCGAGCGGCUGCGUAGCGUGGUGGGGAACUUGCAUCGGCUGGGAGUCACCAACACCGUAGUGAGUAACUGCGAUGGACGUCAGUUCCCCAAGGUGCUUGGAGGGUUCGACCGUGUCUUGCUUGAUGCUCCCUGUAGCGGAACAGGCGUCAUCUCCAAGGACCCUGCAGUCAAAACCAACAAGGAUGAGAAGGACAUCCAGCGCUGCGCUCACCUGCAGAAGGAGCUGAUUCUUAAUGCUAUAGAUUCAGUCAAUGCUGCCUCGGCAACAGGAGGCUACAUUGUCUACUGCACUUGCUCCAUCACAGUAGAGGAGAAUGAAUGGGUUGUGGAUUAUGCCCUGAAGAAACGCAAUGUCCGUUUGGUGCCCACGGGCCUGGACUUCGGCAAGGAAGGCUUCACCAGGUUCAAGCAGUAUUCCUUCCACCCCUCGCUCAAGCUGACGCGGCGCUUCUACCCCCACACACACAACAUGGAUGGCUUCUUCAUCGCCAAGUUCAAGAAGUUUUCUAAUGUCAUCCCCCGGGCACCAAAAGAUGAAGAACCUCCUGUGGAAGCAGCAACUCUGUCCACUCUUCCUGAUGCCACUGGGGAGCCUCAGCCAAAAAAGAAGAAACUUGGGGGCUCAAAAGCUGAGAAACAGCAGAAGCUGCCACAGCCUGCUUUGAAGAAGAGACAUUCAUCACAGGCAGAGAGGAGACCUGUGAAGGCAGGCCGGCCUGCUCCCAAGACAAUAUGUUCUCAAGUCGCUGCUAAGAAGAAACACAGAGUGAAACCAAAUGGACGGUGAGAGGAACUGCUUUUGCAGCUGCUGGUCCCCUCCUUGAAGAGCAAAGGCCAGAGGCUGCUGCAGCUGUGCAUGGACCACCUUAUCCUUCCUGCUCUGUGCAGGUAACCUCUGCAGCGCUGAGCACUUGGGACAGCGGUAGCCAUGUUUGCUGCUUUCCCUCUGCAUCAGGGACUGAUGCCCUGACCCAUUAAAAAUUUUGUACUCUGCCCACAGCUUGCAGGUUCCCAGACAGCACAGGACAAGGAAUUCACAGUCAUGGAAUAGUUUGGGUUGGAAGGGACCUUAAACAUCAUCCAGUUCCAACCCCCUGCCGUGGGCAGGGACAUCUCCCACUAGAACAGGUUGCUCAUGGCUUCAUUCAGUCUGGUCUUGAACACCUCCAGGGAGGGGGCAUCCAGAACCUCCCUGGGCAACCUGUGCCAGUGUCUCCCCACCCUCACUGCAAAUAAUUUCUUCCUAAUCUCCAGCCUCAAUCUGCCCUCCUCAGGCUUCAGUCCAUUCCCUCUCAUCCUGUCGAUACAAGCCCUUGUCAAAAGCCUUUUCACAGCUUUCUUUUACGCCCUUCAGGUUCUGAAAGGCUGCUCUAAAGUCUCCCUGGAGCCUUCUCUUCUCCAAGCUGAACAGCCCCAACUCUCUCAGUAUGUCCCCAUAGCAGGGGUUCUUUAACACCACAGGUAUCCCAAGACAGGGAACCUAGGAAAAAAAAGGAAGGUUCCACAGUGCCCUUCUCUCCAGGAGACAGCAGCAGUGUUAGUGGGAAAAUGUGCUGGGUCUGUAGCCCAGCCCUCUAAGCAGGCCUGUCCUGGCACUAGGACACAUUGUUUGCAUAGGCUGAGCCCUAAGAAGCACCAAGGAUGGAGAACCUGCUCCAGUGCUGUGCUGACCUCCCAGAAAAAAAGCUUUUCCUGAUGGAUUGCAAUGUCUUCCUCCACUGGCAUUCCAUUAAUCAGUUUCCCUUGCCAGGAUUUCCCAGCAGACCAGCAGCUGACUGAGCAAGGCUUAGCCAAGUGCUUGCUCCAUGGUUUGUGGCAUUGCUCUCACCUGUGCUCCCCACGGCUUUCAGACAGCAGCAGAUCACCUUCCUGGCUGACCCUGCUUGCCUGUCAAAAGCAUUGCUGCCAUGGCUUAACUUCUCUGGUUAGAGCAAAGGAACAGCUGCUGAACGAGGCAGAGAUGUGGUGCUGAAGGACAUGGUUUAGUACCAGACUUGGGCAAGUUAGUUGGACUCAAUGACCUUCAAGGUCUUUUCCAAUCAAAACAGUUCUAUGAUUCUCAGAAAUCCAGUUAGGACUUCCAGUGGCCAUGUGUGUGCCAGAGUGGAUGCAGCCAGUCGUGGAGGAGGUGUUAGAAAAGCAAACAGGCUGCUGUGGGAAGCCUGGAGCCAUGGGCAGGACAGGGGAGACAGGCAAGUCAUAGGACAGAACUGAUGCUGGACACAGCAGGGUAGGAGAGGGGAACAAAUCUGCUGAUCUGCUUGCUGAUCUGCUCUCAGGAAGUGGAGGCAGAAGGGUAUUGGAGGGAUGGAGGAGCCCUGCAGGCCUGGAGGAGAAGCAGCAGGGAAAAUGCGGUAGGCAGACUCCCAGCCAAGACUAGCAAAGCUCAGAGGGUCUGGGGACUGACUGGAAGUGUGGGUUCAGCCAUACCUUACACGUGAUCCCCCUGGAGCCUGACCUCCUGACACGGUUCCAUCAAGCUCAGGGGUGGGCAUCUCCUUUAAACGGCAGCUCAGCUGAGGCCUCAGAGGCCACACUCCACAGUGGAAGUCCUGGGGGUCAGACCAUGGGCACACAGCCUGUGGAAGGUGCCCAUUUCCACACCUCUUUGGGUAUCAACAGAUCUGUGCACAGGCUCCACCGGUCAAGGAGUGGGGGGGGGCAAUCACCAUGGACCUGGGGUUGAUGCUUGGACUAGAUGAUCUUCAGAGGUCCCUUCCAACCCCUACUAUAUUGUGAUUCUGUGAGGUCAGACUGGAAGGGAAAGGCUGUAGGAAAAUGCCUAAAGAAGGCUAAAAUAAAAGACAAGGAAGCAA